CACCACACGACACAUAUCACCAUUUUGUUCUCGAACGAUUGCGGUAUUUCGAGGAUAAACCACGGCACGGAAGAGACGGGGUAUGUUGUAUGUCGUCCCUGACAUAGUGAAUGCCAGUGUAUCAUUGUCCGUGAGGCUCAAGCCACCAAACGCUGUGCCGGGUCCUGCCCACCACUUACAUUACACCAAUCCGACCUCUGCAUCACCCAACAGGAGACUCACCAGAUCAAGCGCCGAAGCUCCCCCUGUAUAUCUCGCAUGAUAAGUCGGGGCGGCUCAUUGAUGUGGAAGUUGACGGUUUCUUCUUCCGCGUCUGGUGCACCCGAAACGGAGGAGACGGGCCGUUUCAAAAGACCUCGAUUCAGCAACGACCACAACAACGAAGAUCUAGAAUUUGCUAAGAACUCUCUGGCUGUUUGUCACCUCAUUUCCGAUACUCUUACGAUUGGGAGGUCAUUGGUUCUGCGAAAUUCUUUGAGAAGAAAAUCCUAGACAAGCACGCGACCAAAGCAGGCCAGAAAAUCUAUUCUCGAAAGUCACCACGAGAGUGCACCAAGACACAGCCAGGGCCCUGGCUUAGAAGUGGUGGUCAAUUAGACAGACAAUGGAGGCACAGCAGGUGCAGGUGUAUGGACAUGGACAUGGACAUGAGAUUAAGACGAAGAAGCGCCCUUGGCCUCGGUUCCUUGUCUCAUGUGUAGCUCUCAUGCUGAUUCUAGUGCAGCUCUCCCAGCUUGUCCUCAGUAACGGUGACGCCAAGCUCCAGCAGCAGCCAGAGCUCAAAUUCCCAAGAAACCUUUUGACCUCGUUGUCGUCCGCCAACGCCUCAAUUCUGGUUUCCUUCUCCUCUCUCCUCCAAUUAUUUUUUCUACAAACUCUUCGCCUUUUAUUCCCUCAACUCUCUUUCUCAUCCCCACUACCAAUCCCUUCAGCGUCCGAAGCUGUCUGCUCUAUCACCCCUCUCUUCACGACAACGCCGCCUACCUCACCAGCUAUCACCAUGGCUCUCGCUGACGAGUCCAACCGUAUCGUCAAAGAGUUCGACUUCUCCGACGAGGAACUGAACAAUCAUGUGAAGGAGUUCUUGAGGCAAAUGGACGAGGGCCUUCACAAAGAGGGUACCAGCCUCCAACAAAUUCCUACCUACGUCACUGGCGUUCCCAAUGGCACAGAAAAGGGUCUGUAUCUGGCCGUUGAUCUGGGAGGCACAAACUUCCGAGUUUGCUCCAUCAUGCUCAAUGGUGACACCACCUUUAACCUCACUUACAACAAGGUUGCCAUUCCGAAGGAGCUUAUGGUCGCAAAGACCUCUGCACAGCUCUUUUCUUUCCUCGCCAAGCAGAUCGAGAUCUUCCUCAAGGAGCACCACGCCGACCACUUCAACUCCCACCUGCGCCGUCGCAACACUGCCAGUACACCAUCGGGCUAUCGCCAUGAACAUAUUUUCCGCCUUGGUUUCACCUUCAGCUUCCCUGUCAAGCAGCUAGCCAUUAACAAGGGUCUGCUAAUCCGAUGGACCAAGGGCUUUGACAUUCCUGAUGCCAUAGGCAAGGACGUCUGCGCUCUGCUUCAGACCGAGAUCGACAAGCUCCAUCUUCCCGUCAAGGUUGCGGCGCUCGUAAACGACACUGUCGGCACUCUCAUGGCUCGAUCCUACACUUCAACCAGCAAGAGCCGAUCUGUUCUCGGUGCCAUCUUUGGUACUGGUACCAAUGGUGCCUACAUGGAAAAAUUGAGCAACAUCAAGAAGCCUAUCUCUGGGGAGUACGAUCAAUCAACAGGAGAGAUGGUUGUCAACACAGAGUGGGGUUCUUUUGACAACCAGCUCAAUGUCUUGCCAUCAACACCUUGGGACAAGGCUCUUGACGCCGAAAGCGUAAACCCUGGCCUUCAAAUGUUCGAGAAGCGGGUAUCUGGUAUGUUCUUGGGCGAGAUUGUCCGACUUGCCAUGGCCGAUAUGAUCAACAAUGAGAGCUCGUCUCUGUUCAAGGAUCUCAACUCGAGCACGAACGACUGGGGCACUACCACAAACAUCGCGCCAUCGUCUGGUUUCCUUAAGCCUUGGGGACUCGACAGCUCCAUCAUGUCCGUUGCGGCCGCCGACAAUACACCUGAGCUGUCUACCCUUCGCCAAGAACUCGAGAACCUCCUCAGUGUUUAUACUCCCUCACUCGAGGACGCCCAGGCUUUCAAGUCCGUUUCCAAUGCUGUUGGUCGUCGCGCUGCUCGAUUGUCGGCCGUCGCCAUUGGUGCCAUAGCUCUCAACUCUGGCAAGCUCAAUGAUCUCGAUGAAGAGGUUAUCGAUAUCGGUGUGGAUGGCAGUCUCGUCGAGCACUACCCUUUCUUCCGCGAUAUGAUCUACGAGGCCCUCCGUGCCAUUGACGGCAUUGGACCCCAGGGUGCUGAGAAGAUCCGAAUCGGUAUCGCUAAGGACGGUAGCGGUGUCGGCGCCGCCUUGAUUGCCCUGGUAGCUGCUGGCAGGGAGAAGCCUGAAGAUUAUUUGACUGACUUGAGAUCUGAGUCCAACCGCGCUCGCAAGUCUUCCGAUGCGAUCCGUACGUUCUACCCUUCAUCCCAAGCCAUUCAAACUUCGGCUUCUGCCUAAGCGACAUUUGCUAACAAUUUAAUAGUCGAUUCAGCACCAGUCUCGAACCAGGCACUGCUCAUUGGCGGUGCUGUCGGUCUCCUUGCGCUAGCAGCUAUAUGGUACAACAAGCGUCGAUGAGCAACUGCAUGUUUCGGUGUUAUGUUUUUCUGAGUUGAUAACUCAUGCCAAGAUUUAUGUAUAUAUGUGCUGGUGAUGGGAUGUGGUCAUGUUCAUUUUUGGGCCCUAGGCGUUUUCCUCAAUAUCUUCAUCCUUUUGCCUUUUUUUUUUCUCUAUUCAAAAGCUGUAUAAUUAUGAGGCAACUAGUUUUAUGAUAAGAUAAUCUGAUGAUUCCUUUUCAGUUUCCCGAGGAGCAACUGGAUUUAUUAUUGUGCUAUUAUUAUAGUAAGUCUAAUAUUGUGUCUUUUCCUGAA